CGCUUCUGGGACCUUGUGCGCUAGGCACCACCAGGGUACAUUCUGGAAAGCUUGGGAGCCUUGCACAUUCACUCACGCAGCUUCCCUUUCCACAUCCACCCUUCUUAACGCCCUCCAAAGCUGCAGCCCCGCUCUUUCCAAACCAAGACACAGUCGGCGUCACCAACCUCGCCACUCGACUCGCAACACACACUCUCCUAAGUUCCCCGCAACCCCACGUUCUUGACCUUCAAGCUUCACGUCUUCACGCCUUCACAUACCACAGUCAUGGCCGACGUGCAUAUGGCCGAUGCCCCGGCUGCCGCGAAGACAAAGAUGGCAAAGGCGGGUGCAAGCGCAGACUCGGACGGCAAGAAGCGCUUCGAGGUAAAGAAGUGGAACGCGGUGGCCCUUUGGGCCUGGGACAUUGUCGUCGACAACUGCGCUAUCUGCCGUAACCACAUCAUGGAUCUCUGCAUAGAGUGUCAAGCAAAUCAAGCAUCGGCUACGAGUGAGGAGUGCACAGUCGCAUGGGGCAUCUGCAAUCACGCAUUCCACUUCCACUGCAUCUCGCGAUGGCUCAAGACGCGACAAGUCUGCCCACUCGACAACCGCGAUUGGGAAUUCCAGAAAUAUGGUCGGUAAUGGACUGACAGCUCGUCUGAGAGUCUAUCGGUGGCGUCUCAUUGGAAGUUAGGCGAACAAACUGCGAAAAGCCAUCAUUCAGUCUGUUCUGGAUGCUUUUCGAAGGACACACACGGGAGGGUGAUGGGCCAUAGCAUAUGUCGCAAGGGUUUUCUCAUUACUUUAUAGGGCACCCAUAAGGUCCAAUAGAUGGUCCCAUGAAUCCACGACUGAGCUCCA